AUGAUCUGGGGAUUUCCUUCCUGCUAUGGCGUCUUCCAGGACUACUAUGCCACCAGUGACCAAUUUGCUGGUCAGAGUAACAUUGCUGUCGUCGGUACUUGUGCAAUGGGCCUCAUGUACAUGGACAUCACGCUCUGGUUCGCUGUUCUAAAAUACUUUCCAAAGUUCCGCCGCUAUGCAACGCCAGUUGGGCUGGUUGUCGUUUGCCUUGCUUUGGGCCUCGGAUCCUUGUCUACCAACGUCACCCAUUUAAUCAUCACGCAGGGCAUUCUUUAUGCAUUGGGUGGCGGUUUGGCAUGGACCCCUAUCCUGUUCAAUAUCGAAGAGUGGUGGGUUCGUCGACGUGGAUUCGCAUACGGAGCGACCAUGGCUGGUCUGGGUCUCAGUGGCGCUGUUCUUCCUCUGAUCCUCGAAUGGCUCCUGCACUCUUAUGGCUUUCGAACUACACUCAGGGUCUGCGCUCUAAGCUUUGUGGCGCUCAACUUCCCGAUUGUCCUCUUCUUCAAGCCGCGUCUUCCGCUGUCACAGACUUCACAGUCCAGGGGUUUCGACUUGUCUUUCUGGACUUGCUCAAACUACCUGAUAUUGCAGGCCGGCAACAUUGUCCAGAGCCUCGGCUUUUUCCUGCCAGGCAUUUAUCUUCCCACCUUUGCUCGCUCCAUUGGCGCAAGUACUGUCCAAAGCACCAUCACCAUCAUCCUCGUCAAUGCCGCUGCAUUCAUUGGGUGUUUGUGUAUGGGGGCGGCAACUGACAAGUACCAUGUGACGACUUGUCUGCUGGUUUCUGCGCUCGGUUCCACUGUUGGCAUCUUUUUAAUUUGGGGCUUCUCUACGUCUCUGGCCCCCUUGUACAUCUUCUGCCUCAUUUAUGGGGCUUUCGCUGGAUGCCAGUCGAGCGCCUGGAGCGCCAUAGUCGCUGACACACAGAAGAAACGCAAAGGCGCAGACUCUGGCUUCGCAUGGGCUUGCCUAUCGGCUGGAAAGGGAGUGGGCAACUUGUGUAGCGGUCCACUGUCAGAAGCUUUGCUUCACGCUGGUAAUUGGAGAGCAGGAUUUGCUUAUGGUAGCGGCUACGGAGCGCUGAUCGCUUUUACCGGCGUGACUGCACUACUAAGCGGAUGGGGAUAUGCGGCCAGGAGAAUUGGAUGGAUAUGA